UCAGUAUCCAAUCCGGUAACGAUGGCCUUGGCUACACUUGUUCUAGUUGUGUUUCACCUGAUGGCUUCCAGCAGUUGCCAAAUCGCGAAUCCAACAAAAGAAGAAAACGAUUAUGAGCUUCCCGAAAUAAUACUGCUUCCUCCAGUGAACAUCAGCGAUACUGGAAAUGAUUCGUACCCCGACAUGCGAUACAUACUCGGUGACAUUUUCUUCCCGCAGUACAACUAUACCGAUAGCUACUAUGACGACCAGAGCGGAUGGAUGUAUGGUGACGAGUUCUUUCCCUGGGGUAACGUUGGCACUGGUUUCAAUUUGCAUCCUAGUGGAUCUCUAAGAAUGUCCGGAGAAGCGGAGGAGCCUGACUACAACUAUGCCGUUAACGAUCGUCCACUGUUCACCACCAACGUGGACUCAGAUGCUAUUCAUGCGAGCGACAACUCCGUGAAAAGAACUCCUAAGAUGUCCGUGUCGAUGCCAACCGGUUCCCAACCGGUAGUUGAACCACUCCGUCCAAUGUACGGCGGUAGUACAUCUUGGAACGCGAUGAUGCCGGCAGCAACAGCUGGGAAAGCGGCAAUUGUGAAAAAGAAAAGGAUUAUAACAACAACGGUGGCCACGACAACGGCGGCAGCCGAAAAGAAUCGACUUAGACGGAAACGUCCCAUUUCGACGACAACGACUACGACGACUACAACAGUGCCGAGCACCCAACGGUCCAAGUUGAGACGGAAGAUAACCACUACAACGGUCGAACCCUUCCGGAAGCGUAGAACAACUACGAGCUCUUAUGCCAAUUGAAAGGACUUUUGUUGUGAAAAUGUUUUACUAUGAUAGUUUCGGGCUUUAUAUUACUGAAAUGUGCUUACAGAUUA